UUUAACGAGGUUACAUCAGUUAGCACGUUUUAUGGGAAACAUUACCAAAGGUUCUACAAAUAAUGUCUAGUAUAAAUAGCCAAAUUAUGGACUGAUUGAUUGUAGUACAGUUGUUGCACUUGUGCGAGUACAGUUCAAGAUGAAAUACCUUCUAAUUGUACUUUUCGCUCUCAUUGUGCCGGCAUUAUCGCGACCCCAACAACAACAAAACCCCCAACAGCAAUACCAACAGCACCCACAAAGUGGAAGUGCUACAACCCCUGUGUCCAUAGUGAGCCAAACUGAAGUUGUGGGGCCCGAUGGCAGCUUCAAUUACAGUUACGACGCCAGUAACGGCAUCCAUGUCGAACAAGGCGGUUAUGUAAAAAAAGGGGCGGAAGGACGAGCUGUUGAUCCCAACAACCCUGAAGACACCGGUGAUAUUCAAGUGAUACAAGGGGCUUAUUCCUACACUGCUCCCGAUGGCCAACAAAUCUCAGUGAGGUAUAUAGCUGAUGAUAAUGGGUUCCAACCUGAAGGAGACCACAUACCCAAAGCUCCGGAAGGAAUUGCGCAACAACAACAGCAAGGUUUUCAACAGCAACCUCAAACUUUCCAGCAUCAAGAACGCCAAUUCCAGCAACAGCAAUUUUCCAGCACUGGAAGCAAUCCUAGUCAAGCAACUCAAGCUUAAAAACUGAUACUUAUGUAAUAUAUUUAAAAACGUUUACAUGAACUUUGUAACGUGAAUGAUGUUUUUAUAAAUCACUUAAGUGUACUCGCAUGCCGUAUACUUAAUAAAAAGAACGAUAUGGA